GCAACUCCGAUGCUCACCCGACUCGUUCUUCUUCCUGUCCAGGUCAAUUCCUUCUCUCGCCGCCAUGAUUGUCUCAGAUUCCGAUUUGGCUACCCCAUCGUCCAAUUCUCGCCAAGCCGGUCAAUCGGCCUCUGACCGUAACCCCGGCCACACUCCAUCACCCCGGCCGUCGCCGUCGGCCGUGCCUGGCCACAAACGGCGUCGAUUGAGGAAGCAAUACCCUUCCUCAACUCCGGUAGAUGAGGGCUCACGGGUUGAAUUGGACGAAAACAUCAUGGCGUUGUGCCAUUGUCAAAUUACUGACCGGGGGUUCGCUGAUGCCACUGACAUGGUUGGACCCUCCAUCGAGGUCAUGAGACCUACCAGUACUCAAACCGCUCUAGACGCACCGUCGGGGUUCUUCACGGUCCAUCUGGCGUCUUCGAAGAAGGGGCUGCGCUUCCCACUCCACCCGUUGUUGAUCGAAUUCCUCAACGUGGUGGACCUUCUCCCGUGCCAACUGGUCCCCAACUCUCACCGGUACAUCGCCGGUUACCUGGUCCGGUGCAAAGAUGCAGGGGUGAAGCCGACCUUGGACCAUUUCAUAUUCACCUUCAAACUGACCAAGGGCCAUAAAGAUUGGGCGUCCUAUGCCAGUCUUUCCCAGAGGGUGCCCUUCCUUCCGCCGCAUCCCAUGCCCCUACCUGAUGCCACCCUUUUGUCCAUCACUCGCCAAUUCUGCAAUAAGGGAGUUAUGAACAUUAAAGAGGUGGUGACAGAGGAAACCCUUGCCGGGUUGGGGUUUGAGUUUGUUCAGGAUGAGCUUCGCCACCAACCCGACCUACUGAGGGACAUCCCCGGGGGGCAUCAGCCUGACCAGCUGAAGGACAUUCCUGAGGAAGGUCUUGACUGUGGUCCUUUUGGUAGUGGAAUUACAAGAUUCAGGAGAAGAGAUGGACAACGAUCUCCUGCUCAGUCGCUUCACUGCAGGGAGGAAGAGGAAGAGAGAGACGAAGGGCCAGGGCAAGCGUUCUUCAUCCCACCGCGAGGAGGGUCCUUCUCGAGAGCCGGCCGUAAUUGUGGUGGAGGACCAAGAAGAUGCUACCCAAGAACCGGGUACCAUGGCUGGCCAAUCCCCCCACACCCCGUGAUGCAGGGUGGCGACCUCGUCGGGUCGUCUCAGGGCAUUGCCUUGGAGCGACCUCCCUCACCACCCGCAGUGACCUACGAGGCUCGUAUCUCAGCAGGCUCCGAGGACGACCUUGACAACAUGGUCCUUUUGAGGCUCAGUCAGGCUACGCUGGGGAUAAUUGAGGUGGUUGGCCGGAAACGGGGUCGCCAGGCCGCCGCGGACGAGGCGAUGAAAUAUCUUCCUUUCCUCCAUCCUUGCCAUUGGCCGUCGGUGAAACCGCCGCCACUACCUCCAAACCCUUAUGAAGACUUUAGUGAGGCGUACAAGGCCCUCUCCGCCAACCGCCUUCCUGACGGGCGGAUUGACUGGGAUGCUCCAUGCCCCCUCCAUUCCCUGCAAUGUAUGGCCUGGGAGAGCUUUCAAGAUGAGCACUUACCCCUCCUGGAGCAUGAGUGCGCAUACUACGCAAGUUUUGAGCGAUGGACUAGCGAAAGUCGCACCAGUUCGCCGGUGAGGCCUACGGAGGAGGUUGUGUUAGGGGAAGAACUGGGUUCUUCCCUACCUCGCCCCGCUUGCCAUUCACUUCCCCAGAAGACCCCUAGGCGACCUGAAGAGAAGGGCGGUGGGUUUUUGCCGAGGCUUGGGGCGACCACUCCCGUUCCAUGUUGGGGAAGAAAGGUGGUCGUCCUGGACGGCCAGUGAUUGGAGUUUUGCCUGUCUAUACAGCUGCAGAACUACCCUUCAAACCUGCCUGUCCCCCCUAGACCUUCGCUCGCAAAGUCUUAGAUUGUUAUUUUUCAUUGUAAGAGAUGUAUGGGAAAGUAUCCCUCCUUACGUAGAGAUUGUUCUCAACUGUACUGUAGCAGAUGCAAGAGAUUAUCCUUGAAAUGUAAUGAACAUUUUUGUGAAUG